ACAGCGACAGAGACAUGAAUUCAGCCAAUCUUGGGACGUGUGCAGUGAAGUGCCAAUCAUUCAAGAUGAGCAGAGGCCAAACAAGCAAAAGCAGUGUUUGAAAUGGUUCCUGUAUGCUAUUGUUGGUGUACUUGUCUUCACCCUUGUGCUGCUCAGUAAGACAUCUUUUCUGAUUUUGAUAUCAUUUGGGAACAAUCAAACUGAGAUUAUAUGUUCAGAACAAAAAACGACUGUCUUACUUGGCAUUGGCUUCAUUCUGGUUGGACCGAGUGUUCUUCUUCUGCUAAAGAGCACAUGGAAGUUUAUUUUCAAGAGUGCAACCAUGCCCUCUAAAAAAACUCUUUUUUGGGUUCUGUGUUGUGAGUUCCUGGUAGGACUGGGAGCUGCAGUUCUAACAAUAAUAGCCAUGCCACACUUUGACAUUGUCACCAAUGUGAUGAUUCUAAACAGUGUGAGCAUCCUGUCCGCAGUGUUCCAGGUGGUCGCGGAUUGCCUUGCCAAAGAGAGAAAGUGCCUUAUGGUCCCUGUAUGCUCCAUUUUCUUAAUCGUCACAGGUUAUGUGCUCUUUGUGAUCAAUUAUUUGGCAUUCGAAAGUUCCUUAGAGAUAAAAAUAUCAGUUGGUCUUGCCAUUGUUGGAACCAUCUGUGUUUCUGUGAACUGGUGGGAGAGCUAUAGUAUGCUCUUUAAUGUGUCAUUUCUAAAGGAAAUUUCCAGAGACAUUGCUCAGUCCCGUAACAUGGUCAGUAUCAUCUCUAGUUUGAUAAGAAUCCUGAUUACAUCAGUUGUGAUUGGAGCUUAUGUUCCUCUAUCAGGUCAGGAAUGGAAAUCGGUAAAACUUGUCUUUGAAACAGUUGUCAUUUCAUUGGUGGCGAUCCAGAUUAUAUCCUCUGCCUUGUGCCGCUGGUUUGUGGUUUUGGCUUGUAAGAUGCGCGCCCUGCGCUGCAGCUUCAUCAUGCCCAUGUACCUUGCCUCAAUCACAGUUUUAGCUGGGUUUUUGGUUCCAGUUGUAGUCAGGCUCCCAGAGUCCAAUCAAACUUCUACCUGUUUUGAGAACUUUCAGCCGAAAUCCAGUGACGAAUUGUUACAUUUGAUAUUGACUGAUGUUAUAAGAACUCUGAAUGCCAGGGACAUUGUGGUACACAUGAAGACAGGAGGACUGGCCUGUUUGGGCUGCUCUGCUCUGAGCUGGUGGCUGGGACUCAUACUCAGUUCAAUUUACAUCUGGUACCUGAAGAUCCAUCGAAUAGAAAGAACCCAAGAUCUGUUUGUGCGACCUAUGUAUGAAGGAGCAUUUAUGGAACAGUCUAUGUUGCUAAACACUCGUUUUGAAAUCAGAAAGAGAAUCAAGGAGAAACGGUGUGCAAAAGAAAUCAUCAGAGUGUUUCUGUGUGCAACGAUGUGGCAUGAGAGCUACGAUGAAAUGAUGAAGAUAAUCAUCUCUAUGUUCAGACUUGAUAAUUACAGUCCCAAACACAAAAACAGCGAUGUCCAGUUUGAAUUCCAUAUUUAUUUUGAUGACGCUUUCAAGGAUGUUGAUAAUGGAAGGCAUGCAAAUGAAUAUGCUGAAAUUCUUGUGGAUGUUAUUAAAGAAGUCUACACCAUUUUCAGUGAAGAAGACCUAUGCAUAUUCAAGCAGAAGGGAGCACUCCCACCCCAGAAGAUAAUAAACACCCCUUAUGGGGGGCGGCUGGAAUACACCCUCCCUAAAGGCAAUCUGAUGAUGAUUCAUCUCAAAGACAAGACACUUAUCCGUCACAAAAAAAGAUGGUCUCAGAUAAUGUACUUGUAUUACAUUCUUGGCUGGAGACUUAACAGACAGUACUUCAAAGAGUUUGAGGAAGGUAAAGAACUGGAAUCAAUUGAGGAGAGACAGAAGAAAGAAAGGGAGAACACGUAUAUCUUGGCCCUGGAUGGGGACACUGAUUUCCAGCCAUCUGCAGUAAUGCUGUUAAUCGACAGACUUAAACUCUACCCAGAGGUUGGGGCUGCCUGUGGCAGGAUUCAUCCAACAGGCACAGGGCCCAUGGUGUGGUAUCAGAAGUUUGAAUAUGCGGUAGGCCACUGGCUUCAAAAGACUGCAGAGCACGUGUUCGGCUGUGUACUGUGCAGUCCUGGAUGUUUCAGUCUUUUUAGAGGAGCCGCACUCAUGGACGACAACGUCAUGAAGAGAUACACAACCAAAGCCAGUGAAGCCAGCCAAUACGUCCAGUAUGAUCAAGGUGAGGACCGCUGGUUGUGCACUCUGCUGCUGCAGCAGGGCUGGAGGGUGGAGUAUAACGCAGCAUCUGAUGCAUACACCAAAGCUCCACAGGAAUUUAAAGAGUUCUACAACCAGCGCAGACGCUGGGGACCCUCUACCUUGGCCAACACCAUUGACCUCUUGGGUUCAGGAGAACUGACCUCUCAGAGGAACAGCUCUAUCUCAAAACCUUUCCUCUUGUACCAGAUUAUCAGCAUGGCCGCUUCCAUCCUGGGCCCUGCCAGUAUCUGUCUUAUGAUAUCAGGGAGCUUUGUGUUCAUCUUUAAUAUGGAUGUGAAUGUAGCCCUUAUUUUUGGCAUAGUUCCCCCAACUGUCUAUCUCAUCCUGUGCUUCAAACUGAAAUCUGACACACAGAUUAAAAUUGCAGCAAUCAUGAGUGUACUUUAUGCAUUUCUCAUGGUGGGAACAGUUCUCUCAAUCAUAGGUGAUCUAGUGAGGCAACAGACUUUUAUGACUCCCAGUGGUCUGUUCCUCAUUGGCAUAGUGGCUAUGUACCUCAUCACGGCAGCUUUACACCCUCAGGAGUUCUCACUGGUCAUCUAUGGACUGGUAUAUUUCCUCUGCAUUCCCAGUGGGUAUCUACUCUUAAUUAUUUACUCCAUAGUCAACAUGAACAAUGUCACAUGGGGCACCCGUGAAUCCGGCAGCAAGGCUAAAGCUACAGCAGUCAAUACCAUCAAGCAGAAGUUCAUGAAUGCCACAUGCUGCAAAUGUCCAUGCUUGGAAUCUAAAGAUCAGAUUGAGGAGAUGCUGCCAGCAGAAACCAUAACACAGAGGGAACAUGAGUUCCAGCUUAGUCCUCAUCAAACUUGGAUUGAACGACUGCAGAUGAAAUCUAAUGACUUUCUCUUGGAUGAAUCUGAACUCCCUUAUGAUGAAAUCGAUUUCUGGAGAGAACUGCAGAAGAAAUAUCUGGAACCUCUUAAAGAGAAUAAAGAGCAACAGGAAAAAAUCGCUAAUGAUCUUAGAGAACUUCGAAAUAAAGCUACAUUUGUCUUUUUCUUCUGUAAUGCACUUUGGCUGGUGGCAACUUUCUUCCUUCAGGCAAUUGGCAGCACAGUCUCCAUAAAGAUCCCAAAAGUCUAUCCAAAUGGGAAUCAUGCCAUGUCAGAAGACUUUUCUAUAGAUCCAAUCGCACUGAUGUUUCUACUGAGCUUCACAUUAAUGCUGUUAAUUCAGUUUGUUGCAAUGCUUUACCAAAGAAUCUACACAUUAAUCCAUUUUGUGGCAUAUGCUGACACAGAAAUUAAAUCUUAUAGAAAGCAGUCACAUCAGAUCCCGGACUCAAACCACCAGCCUGAGAUGAAUGACCCAGAGACAGCCUUAUGUUUUGAGAACCCCUCUGCUAUGCCUACAAAUGCAGUAUAAAGUUUUGAAUUUAAUAAUAGAAAUGCUUAUAGUCCGGCGGAUACUAAUAUAGAGCAAAUAUAAUGUUUACUUCCACUUUUACAUUUCCAUUCCAUAUACCAUGCCGCUAUAUUUCUUACUUUCUUUUUAAAAAAUUAAGCACACUAAAAUAAAAUGUUAAAUUGACAGUCAUGUAGAAAUAUUUUAAAUCUAGUUUGUACACAUUUACUUUAGAGUGUAGGUAUAAAAAUAUUAAAUAUGUUAAAAUGAUAUGAUGAAAUGAUAUGCUCUUUUGAAAAUGUCUCUCACUGUGACUCAGGAAGUUUUAAUGUUAUUAAACAGAAGUUCAGUUUCUGUGAAUCCAUGUAUACUUGCUUUUCUGUCUGAGAAGAUAAAUGGAGCGCCAUCCAUUGGUUGGGUUUUUUAAUACUAGAAAUAAUUAUUUUAUUGUUUUGUGUGAUGUAAAAUAAAAUUCAUAAUGAGGAAAAACAUAAGCAUUAUACUAUGAAUCCUUGAAUGCUAUGAAACAAAAAACUUAUG